GAUGCAGUGUGUCUCAACCCAACCCAGAACGGAAAGGGAAUCACCAAGAUCUAUCUUGACCCUUACGUCGGCACGCGCAUGCGACCGCAUCAGGUGGAGGGCGUGCGCUUCAUGCUGGAGAGUGUGCUCGAGGUGCGCGUGGCCCGGCUGCUCCGGAUGCGUGCUGGCAGACGAAAUGGGCCUUGGCAAGACUCUUCAAGUCAUAGCUCUCAUCUGGACACUUCUCAACAGGGCCCUCAGGGCCGCCCUUUCCUGCGCAAGGCGGUGGUGGUGUGCCCGUCCCUCGCUGGUCGACAACUGGGGGGCCGAGUUCCGCAAGUGGCUGGGCACGGAGAGGCUCAAGGCGCUGGUGGUCAACUCCAGCUUCACUCCCACUGAGGCGAAGUUCAAGAUAGCAGACUUCAAGCACGGCAUGGCAUGGUGUGGCCCGUGCUCAUCACCUCCUACGACCUGCUCCGCCGCCACGCCGCCCUCCUCGCCGCUGCCGCCCCGCAGCUGCUCGUGUGCGAUGAGGGGCACCGGCUCAAGAUCUGUGCGGGCAACAAGACCAUCACCGCACUGCAACAACUGGGGUGCCCUCGCAAAGUGCUGCUGACGGGCACGCCCAUCCAGAACGAUCUGAACGAGUUCUUUGCUCUGCUGGACCUGGUGAACCCGGGGUGCCUGGGCCCGCUGCCCGCCUUCCGCCGCAUCUUCGCCGACCCCAUCCAGAGGAGCUGCAACCGCAGCGCUACGUAAGGGUUGCAGUUAAAGGACCGUGGCGCGGCACCACAGUGGGAUGAUUGAUUGCAUGUGGUCUGACUCUGCAUUGCAGCAUGUUGCAUCUUUUCUGACCCCAUUUAUUAGUCUUACUUCCUACUAUCCUCUGUGUCUCUCCUUCCCUCCCUCGCUCCCUUGCUCCCCCAUACUCACACGCGUGCAGAGAGGAGGAGGUGCGGCUGGGGGAGGCUCGGUCGCAGGAGCUGCAGGCCAAAGCAGCGGCGUUUGUGCACAGGCGCAUGGCUGCUGUCAAUGCCGCGUACCUGCCGCCCAAAUCUGACUCAGCACUGCUUCUCUCCGCCUCGCCUGCUCUCUCCCCCUUGUGCUAGAAACGCUCUAUGUUACAGUUGGACCAUCCCCACGGUCUUUGAGCUCUAAUACAUUUCCCUCCCCUCAUCUCCCGUCUCUCCCAUCAGCUACAUUGUCUUCUGUCGACUGCAUCCGCAGCAGGCACACAAGUACUCAAUUCCUGCAGUCAACGCACGUGCGCUCUCUACUCUAUUCCCCCGUCGCCACCACCACAGCCAGCGCCCUGACGGCCAUCUGCCACCUUAGGAAGCUCUGCCUGCACCCCCGCCCUCGCCGCCACUCCCAUGUCUUCCACUCCCGCUGCCCGCCGCACCCGCUCCCCCUCGCCUGCUGCCUCGGCCUCUGCUGGCUCUGGUGAUGUGGUGGAGGAGGAGGGGGGAGAUGAGGGGGAGUGGGCUGAGGGGAUGGUGGGAGAAGAGGAGGAUGCGGAGGAGGAAACUGAGGAGGGGGCAGCAGAGGGCGGAGAGGUGGGAGGAACGGGUGGCAGGAACCAGGCAGGGCAGAAACGUGGU